GCGAGUCGAGGUUCUUUCCUACUGUAUCUGCUCCUAGUGUUCUUGUAUUUCUAUGCUUUUGGUUGUUGUAUCCUUACUACUGUUUGAGUAAUACAAGUUCUACUUUCAAAAAAAAAAAAAAAACAGCAAUCGAUUUAUUCGUGGAAGAGGAAAAAAUGAUGAGGAAAACAAAAGAAGAACUGGGUGCGAUGGAGAAGGACACGGCGGCGAAGGCGACGGCGACUGCGGCGGCGGCGGCGGCGUCGAGGGUGUGCCGGCGGUGCAAGGCGAAGUACUUCCCAUCGGACAACACGCCGCAGUCCUGCAGGUUCCACUCUUCCUUCUUCGUCUGCCGCCGCCACGACGACCAGAAGAGGUACUACGAGCUUAAGGACGGGGACCCGCCCUACGCCGCCAGGUUCUACGACUGCUGCGGCGCCGAGGACCCCGACGCUGCCGGCUGCGCCACCGCCUCCCAUCUCUCCUACGACGACCCGGAGUAGCGAACUAGUAUGCUUACUUCUUCUUCUUCCAGUGAUCGAUCUGCUGUGUCAUGCUCGCCUCAUACGAAAAAUACAUGUUCUGCUUGCAGUAUGUACUCUCUAGCUAUGUACAGUAAUACUCUGCAAGUGAUCUGGAUCAUGUGAAGAAAUAAUCUACCCAAUUGAUGAAAUAAAAUGAUUUCCCAUAA